ACUGAGUGAGCAGCCGGCUUCUCCGUCCGCAGCGAGACCCUUUCAUCCAGCGGCAGUGCGGAGAAUGAUUUAGCAAAGGAAGAAGGAAAACUUUUAUAGAUCCGUAUUUACUCCACUCUUCUGGCUUUUUUUUUUGUACUCUCGCAUUUAGUUUUGAAACUCCGAUUCGACAUCAAUUUUGAAAUACGAUCCUUUCUUCUGAAUAGUUAUUUUGUAAAAAAAAAAUAGCCUAGAAAGAAAAGAUGUCAGUGGUCGGUUUUGAUGUCGGUUUCCAGUCCUGCUAUGUUGCAGUAGCCCGAGCAGGAGGGAUUGAGACUGUCGCCAACGAGUACAGCGACCGCUGCACACCGUCAUGUGUGUCCUUUGGACCAAGAAAUCGUUCAAUUGGUGCUGCUGCUAAAAGCCAGCUCGUCACAAAUGCAACGAAUACAGUGCAGGGCUUUAAAAGGUUUCAUGGCAGAGCCUAUUCUGACCCGUACAUUCAGUCUUUAAAAUCCAGCCUGGCCUAUGAACUUGCCCAAAUGCCAACAGGAACAACUGGCAUCAAGGUGAUGUAUAUGGAGGAGGAGAGGAUUUUCAGUGUUGAACAAGUCGCUGGCAUGCUGCUGACCAAACUAAAGGAGACGGCUGAAAGUGCACUGAAGAAACCUGUGGUAGACUGCGUCAUCUCUGUACCUUGCUUCUACACAGAUGCAGAGAGAAGGUCUGUAAUAGAUGCAGCACAGAUUGCAGGUCUCAACUGUCUGCGACUCAUGAAUGAAACAACAGCUGUGGCACUUGCAUAUGGAAUUUAUAAACAGGACCUUCCUGCCCCAGAGGAGAAGCCACGAAUAGUAGUAUUUGUUGAUCUUGGCCAUUCUGCAUACCAGGUUUCAGUAUGUGCCUUUAACAAAGGAAAGCUCAAGGUUCUUGCAACAGCUUUUGAUGUGAAUUUGGGUGGCAAGGAUUUUGAUGAGAUUUUGGUGAAUUAUUUCUGUGAAGAAUUUGCCAAAAAAUACAAGUUAGAUGUUAAAUCCAAGACCAGAGCGCUAUUGAGGCUGUACCAGGAGUGUGAGAAACUUAAGAAGCUGAUGAGUGCCAAUUCUUCAGACCUGCCUAUGAACAUUGAGUGUUUCAUGAAUGAUAUUGAUGUGUCUGGAAAAAUGAACAGAGGUGCGAUGGAGGAGAUGUGUGCUGGACUUUUGGCUCGAGUGGAACAACCUCUCCGCAGUGUGCUGGAACAAGCCAGAUUGAAGAAAGAGGACAUCUAUGCUGUUGAGAUUGUGGGGGGUGCGGCCAGGAUCCCUGCCAUCAAAGAGAGAAUCAGCAAGUUCUUUGGUAAAGAGCUUAGCACCACUUUAAAUGCAGAUGAGGCUGUUGCACGAGGCUGUGCCCUGCAGUGUGCUAUCUUGUCUCCUGCAUUCAAAGUGCGAGAGUUUUCUAUUACGGAUUUGGUUCCUUUUCCAAUUUCCUUGAAGUGGAACUCUGCAGCAGAGGAAGGAAUAAGUGACUGCGAAGUUUUUCCAAAGAAUCAUGCAGCUCCCUUCUCCAAAGUGCUAACCUUCUACCGCAAAGAGCCAUUUUCUCUGGAAGCUUACUACAACAAUCUUAAAGAACUACCAUACCCAGAUCCCACUAUAGGUCAAUUUGUGGUACAGAAAGUGGUUCCCCAGGUUUCUGGUGAGAGCUCAAAAGUUAAAGUGAAGGUUAGAGUGAACAUCCAUGGAGUUUUUAGUGUAUCCAGUGCCUCUCUAGUGGAGAUACAGAAGUCUGAAGAGGGGGAAGAGCCAAUGGAAACUGAGCAACUAGUAAAGGAGGAAGAGAGUAAAAUGCACGUUGACCAGGAAGAUCAGAAAGCCCAGGGUGACAACCAGCAGAAGGAAAAUGCAGAAAAAAAGAAUGAUGCAGAUGAAAUGGAGACUUCACCAGAAGAUGCCAAACAGGAUAAGAAGACUGAUCAGCCUCCACAGGCUAAAAAGCCUAAGGUUAAAACAAAGACUGUGGACCUUCCCAUUGAAAACCAACUGCAGUGGCAACUGGCCAAUGAUAUGCUUAACCUGUUUGUUGAAAAUGAGGGAAAGAUGAUCAUGCAGGAUAAACUUGAGAAGGAGCGCAAUGAUGCCAAAAACUGUGUGGAGGAGUAUGUGUAUGAAAUGAGAGAGAAGCUGCAUGGGGUCCUGGAGAAGUUUGUCAGUGAGGCUGACCGAGAUGUUUUCUCAUUGAAACUUGAAGACACAGAAAACUGGCUAUAUGAGGAUGGAGAGGACCAACCUAAACAAGUGUACAUUGAUAAACUGUCUGAACUUAAGAAACUUGGUCAGCCUAUCCAGGAAAGAUACCUCGAAGCUGAAGAGAGACCAAAAGCAUUUGAAGAGCUUGGAAAACAAAUCCAGCAGUACAUGAAGAUAGUUGAAGCCUUCAAAUCAAAGGAUGAGCAAUAUGAGCAUUUGGAUGCAACUGAAAUGGAGAACGUCGAUAAGAUGGUAAAUGAAGCCAUGAUUUGGAUGAACAGCAAAAUGAAUCAGCAGAGUAAACAGAGCCUUACAUUGGAACCCAUCAUCAGAGUGAAAGAAAUUCAGUCAAAAACAAAGGAGCUUACUUUGGCUUGCAAUCCCAUUGUCUCAAAGCCCAAACCGAAAGUAGAGCCACCGAAAGAGGAGCAGAAGGCAGCAGAACAGAAUGGCCCAGUAAAUGGACAGGAAAACACAGACGCACAGCAGCCUUCCAGCACUGAGAAAGCAGCUGAAAGUACAGGCCAGUCCAACGCUGACUCCACAGACCAAAAGCUGCCUGAGAUGGACAUUGACUAACAAGCUGCUGCAUCUUCCAAGUGCUACCAACAUCUGAAAUGUUAUGAUAGCCUUUUGAGAAUUGUUAUUUAGAUGGUCUAACUUACCUUAGUCAUAUGCCAACAUGGCAUUUUUCAUUAAAAGAAUCAGUCCAUAUAUUGGUUACGUAGGAGCAAGUCACAAACAUGAUGUAAUUGAGAACUGCGUUCUACAUGGUCUAGCAAUUUAUGGGUUGUAUUCAGUGUUUCAAUUUAUAGUUCUUAUUUUUUUAAAUAUUCAAUUAUUAUUUCUGAUUUUCAUUGCCACUAUUUUGGAAAUAUCUGUGCAAAACCAUGAGCCCUGAAAUAAAAAAUACACUGUUUUUUUUUGUAUUCAAAUGUGUUUUUUUUUCCAUAAAAAAGACUGGCAACUGGCUUCAUAAUGUUUAAGAGGUUAUACAGGUAUUUAAUAUAAAUAUGUGAAUUAAUCAUUUGUUCUGUAAAUCAAAAUAAUUGAGAAUAAAACUGUAAUUGGUUCAAUUUUGUAUUUUGCAAUUUGUUUUGGAUUUGUUCUCUGCGGGAUUUUCUGCAGACAUCUCUGUUGGUACAGGUAAAAGAUUAAUUUGAGACCGUCCCAGAGUAAUGUAUGGAUCUGGUAAUAAAAUAGGAUAUGAAAAAACAACAUUGUUAAACUUCCAACUAGUGGCAUGGAAUGAACUUGUUGAUUUUGUAUACAGUACUUAUACAAUUAUGAUGCAUUGAACAACAGAGUUGUAUGGUAUGUAAAUGUGUUCUCUUGUUAUGGUUAAAGCUGAACUAUUUCUCUAAACCUGAUAAUACAUUUUUUUUUAAAUCUUCAUUGAUUAGUGGGCUCUAUUUCGUAACCUUUCAUCAAUGUCUCCUAAAUCACAAUCUGAUGUGUACACUAAAAGGAUUUUUUUUUUCAAAUUGGAUAUUGCGGAUAAGGAAUCUGCCAGUAAUGUGAAAUCUAGAGAGAUCCCGUCGGUUAUUGAAGUCCUCCAGUGGUGGUGGAAUUAUUUUCUGUAAAAUUGUUUGCACUGUCUCUGUUGUAAAGGCACAUCACAACUGGCCUGAUGAAACAUUAUAUGCUGGUGUCUAUUUUUAUUCUUGAUACUUCCAAUUUGCUAUUAUCACUGCUUUUAAUUUUAGAGAAGUGAAAUAAAAAAAUUCUUCACCA